CAUAUGAAUUAAAUCUUUUUGUUCAUAUUUUAGGCGCUACUCACUCAGUGUUCCUUCCAACUCCAAUCGAAACCCGUCGUAUCUGUUGUGCCUCUUCCCUUCUGGAUUCUCUACCUGCCAGCUUUUUUAGGGUUUAGAUUGUAAACAAAGAUGAGUGGAACAGAGAAAAGUUCAGGAACCACAAAAACCCCAGCUGAUUUCCUCAAAUCCAUUCGUGGUAGGCCUGUUGUUGUCAAGCUCAACUCCGGUGUCGAUUAUCGAGGUAUCCUAGCUUGUCUAGAUGGCUAUAUGAAUAUUGCAAUGGAACAAACAGAGGAGUAUGUUAACGGACAACUGAAGAACAAGUAUGGUGAUGCAUUCAUUCGAGGAAAUAAUGUUCUAUACAUCAGUACCUCAAAGAGGACUCUAGCAGAAGGGGCAUAAAAUUACCGAAAUCUAAAUUUAUGUUGGUUUGAAUUUUGUAAAACAGUUGUAACUUUUUGUAUUAUGCUGACUGCCUGUAUGUAGCAGCCGUUACCUAUUUGUCUGAAGUUUUUCUUACUUCAUAGUUUGUCAUGGUAAUUGAGUUGCUAUGCUUAUAUAUUAAGGCAAAACUGCACAGCCAGUUUGUAACUUACUCUUGGCAGAAUAUUUUAGUUUAGUGUGGAAUUUUAAAAUAGUAAUAUUAAAUGUUAUCAUUUCAAUGUA